AUGGAUCCUGAGCCUAGAAGGUCAGUUCGCAUUAACGGUCAUGAAGCUGUUGGCCGAGGUGGGAGACCAGGAAGUAGAGGUAGAGGCAGAGGUAGAGGCAGAGGCAGGGGAACACCUGUUGCACCAACAACUGAAGCGGUUCCAGAAGUUCGAGCUGAAGAUCCUGCGCCUGGGCAAGUGGACCUGGAAAGAGAAAACAGGCGACUGAGGGAGGAUCUCAGAAGGAGGGAGGAGGAACUGCAACACCAUCGACAACCAGUUCCACACGUCCAAGAACAACAACAACUAUACGGAGGACUACCCCUGGCCCCAUACAUGCAAAUGUCAAACCACUCCUACGAGUUUGUAAGUGAACGAUUUCGUAAGCAGCACCCACCAAAUUUUGAAGGAAGUACAGAUCCGAUAGAGGCUGAAGAGUGGUUAAGAUCCGUAGAGUCUAUAUUGGAACAUAUGAGGCUUAAUGAUGAGGACAAAGUGUCCUGUGCAACGAGUUUGUUAAAGAAGGAUGCCCGGAUUUGGUGGGACGUAGUUAAACAAACCAGAAAUGUGGCUACUAUGACCUGGGCCGACUUCAUUCAGGUAUUUAACAAGAAGUAUUACAGUGCCGCAAUACUUGCUACCCGAGUAGACGAAUUCAUAGCCUUAGUCCAAGGAAACUCCACAGUAACUGAAUAUGCCCAAAAGUUUGAUCGGCUAGCGAAGUUUGCAGCAGAUUUAGUGCCAACAGAGACACUCAGAAUCCAUAGGUUUAUGAGAGGGUUGAAACCUAUGAUUGCUCGGGAUGUGAAGAUGACAAGCUUUGGGGUGACCACUUAUGCUGAGACACUGGAAAGAGCCUUGGAAGCAGAACUCAUGGAGGAUCGCAUAUGGAAAGAGGGGGCCGCUCGGAGAGAAGCUAAGAAGGGAAAUUCAGUACAAGGCGAUAACAAAAGGAAGUUUCCCGAGAACAAGAGUAAUGAAGCUGAAAAGAAAGGAAAGACGAAUGCAAGUAACAGCAGUGGUCAGAAGCAGUAUGUAGAGUAUCCCCAGUGCCCUAAAUGCAACAAGAAACAUCCAGGAGAAUGUAGGUACAAGUCACGUGCGUGCUACAAGUGUGGUCAGAAGGGUCACAUAAAGACAAACUGUCCACAUGUAACUGAGCAGAAGAAGGAUGAAAAAUUGGUUCCGGCUCGGGUAUUUUCCCUAACUCGGGGAGAGGCAGAAACUAGCAACACGGUGGUAACAGGUCAGCUAUCUAUUUCUGGAAAGUUAUGUACUGUAUUGUUCGAUUCUGGAGCUACGCAUUCUUUUGUUUCUAUAAAGAUGAUAGAUAGAUUAGAUAAACCUUAUGAAUACUUUAGAGAUAGAUUUGUUACGGAAUUACCCUCAGGUGAGGUAAUGAUAUCAUCUAGAGGAGUGUGUGAGGCAUCAGUCAGAAUUGAAGAUCGCGAGUUGCUAGCAAAUUUAAUAGAGUUGGAUAUAAAGGACUAUGAUGUGAUCUUGGGCAUGGAUUGGCUCGCGAGACACGGGGCUACGAUAGACUGCAAAAGCAAAAUGGUAAUCUUCAAGACUGAAGAUGGAGGACAAUUUGUUUUUAUGGGAGACAUGACAGGAGCUCGAGUACCGAUUAUCACGGCAUUAGAAGCACAAAGGAUGAUUCGCAAUGGGUGUCAGGCGUAUUUAGCAAGUGUCGUCGAUAAAUCACGGGAAACACAACUUAGGCCAGAAAAUGUUCACAUAGUGUGUGAAUUUCCUGAAGUGUUUCCAGAGGACCUACCCGGAUUGCCUCCAAACCGAGAAAUAGAAUUCAUUAUUGAGCUAGCGCCAGAAACGAAUCCGAUUUCAAAGGCUCCUUACCGAAUGGCACCAACGGAAUUGAGGGAGUUAAAAACGCAGUUACAAGAAUUACUGGAUAAAGGGUUUAUCCGACCAAGUUAUUCUCCUUGGGGAGCGCCGGUACUGUUUGUCAAAAAGAAGGAUGGGUCUAUGCGCAUGUGUAUUGACUACCGGGAACUUAAUAAAGUCACUAUUAAGAACAAAUACCCAUUACCGCGAAUAGACGACCUCUUUGAUCAACUCCAAGGAUCAACGAUAUUUUCAAAAAUCGAUCUACGGUCAGGAUAUCACCAAUUAAGGGUGCGAGAAGAGGAUAUUCCCAAAACAGCUUUUCGGACUCGGUAUGGACACUACGAGUUCUUGGUAAUGUCAUUUGGGUUAACAAAUGCCCCAGCUGCAUUCAUGGACCUUAUGAAUCGGGUAUUCAAAGAUUUUUUAGACAAGUUCGUGGUGGUAUUCAUAGACGACAUCUUAAUCUACUCAAAGACUGUGGUCGAACAUGAGGAACACCUUCGGUUGGUACUAAACAAACUAAAGGAACAUCACUUGUAUGCGAAAUUCAAGAAAUGUGAAUUCUGGUUGGAAAAGGUAGCCUUUUUAGGUCACAUAGUGUCUAAAGAUGGAGUGGAAGUGGAUCCUGCAAAAAUCAAAGCUGUAAGGGAUUGGCCAAAACCUAAGAACACAACGGAAAUGUGA